ACAGCAUCCACGGCGAGAGCGACUGACUGUCUGGCUCGCCAAGACAGAAGCGAGAUGGGGGAGACGGGGAGGACCUCCUCCUUGCUGGUGCACAUUCUGGUCAUCGCCCUCUGCCUCACCGCCUUCGGCUUCGCCAUCGCCGCCGAGCGCCGCCGCAGCACGGGUUCAAUAAUCACCGACCCAAACAAUUCCACAUAUUGCUCUUAUGACUCCGAUAUUUCUACUGGCUAUGGUGUUGGUGCUUUCCUGUUUCUCCUUUCUGGCCAGUCGCUUCUUAUGGGAGUUACGAAGUGCAUGUGCUUUGGUCAACCACUUGCACCCGGUGGAAGCAGAGCCUGGUCCAUCAUCUACUUUGCAUCUUCAUGGAUCACAUUCAUAAUCGCGGAGUCCUGUCUGAUCGCUGGAGCAACGAAGAACGCGUACCACACCAAGUACAGGCAUAUGAUCUAUGCAGGGAGCUGGACCUGCGACUCUCUGCGGAAAGGAGUGUUCAUCUCGGGGGCAGUCUUCGUGGUGUUCACCAUGAUUCUGAAUGUGUACUUCUACAUGUACUACACCAAGUCGACGAGCCAAGCUGCCAAAAAGACAAGCAAGGCUGCCGCCAAUGUUGGUAUGGCUGGUUAUGCAUGAGGGCCAACUCCAGCUAGUUUGGUGAAACUUAUUUGUGGUACUGCCUAUAACUUUGCAGUGCUGGAUUUAGAUAGAUUCUGGUUCUGGAACAGAACAUGAUUCCUGGAAAUGUAGCGUACUAUAUAUAAGCUGGUUGUGUGCUACAACUCUAUGAUCCGGUGUGUUUGCUCA